AUGUUCGUUGUUGCCCAAAAUGAACCUAGUAGUGAUUCACCUGAACCACCUUCUGGAAGUCCACCAUCACCUGGUGGUCCACCACCUACUAGUACUGAGGAAUCUACUGAAACUACUGGUGAACCUGAAGAUCCUUCUGAAUCUACUGAUGAACCUGCCGGUUCAUCUUCUGGUCCAACACCUUCUGGUUCACCACCUUCUGGUGGUCCAUCAGGAGCACCACCAGUAACAACAGCUAGUUCUGGUGGCCCAUCCCCAUCAGGAUCUGCAAAACCACCAUCAGGAGGAGCACCAUCUGGAUCUGGAGGACCUCCCAAAUCUUCAGGAGGAGCACCACCAGCAUCAGGUUCAGGUGGGUCCGUCAAAUUUUCCGAUUCUGCGUGUAUAAAUAGUAAUAAGGAUAUAUCCUCAAAAGCAAAUAGGAUAUAUCCUAAAAAUUUCAUGCGAGU